AUGCGGAAUUCUGAUGGACCAAAGCGGUUUAGUGGGACUUUUAACGGGCACCCAUCGCCCCCUCCCUCGGACAUCGGGCAACCCCCCAGUUCGCCCGACAUUCCAGACUCGGUCUCAGAUUCAAUUCCAGAUUCAAUUCCAGACCCAGUUGCCAUCCCAACCCACGAACCUGAGCCAGUCUCAAUUCCGACCCCAGAACCCGAGCGUUCAACCCCGGAACCUGAGUUGGAAGCAGCACCUGAGCCAACCCCCAACCCUGAGCCAAUCUCAAUUCCGACCCCAGAACCUGAGCCAGAAGCAGAGCCAACCUCACUUCCGACCCCAGAACCCGAGCGUUCAACCCCAGAGUCUGAGCCAGUCGCAGAACCAGAGCCAACCCUCAAAUCUGACCCAACCCCCAAAUCUGAGCCAGACCCAAUCCCAACCCCAGAGCUUGAGAAUUCCACCCCAGAACCUGAGCGUUCAACUCCCAAGCCCGAGCCCGUCGCAGAACCUGAGCCAAUAUCCAAACCGGAGCCAAAACUAGAACCAAAGGCAGAGCCAACCCCCAAACCAGAACCAGCACCAGAACCAAAGGCAGUCCCCAAACCAGAACCAGAGGCAGACCCCGAACCCGAACUCAAACCACGCACCAUCCCACCCCCCCUCCUCCCCGAACGCCUCACCCGUCUCGCCCUCCUCAGCGGCGGCGACCUCCCCCCAAGCGUCGACCUCGCGACCCUCAACCACUGCCUCGAGACGCUCGAGGCGCUCCUCGACCCGCGUCCGGGGCAGACGCAGAAAGUCGCCAAGCACCGAUAUCGGCCGUCGCUGCUGAUCUCCCCUUUCACGGAGGAGCAGAGGCGGAGGGCAAGGGAGAAGGAGGAGAGGAUCCGAGAGGCCGAGAGGGAGAAAGAGCGGGAAAAAGAGCGGGAAAAAAAGCGAGAAAUCGAGAGGGAGAAAGAGCGAGAGAUCGAGAGGCAGAAAGAAAAGGAGAGGGAGAUAGAGAGGCAGAAGGAAAAUACUGCCGCACCCACUCUCCCCCCCAUCGCCCAGACAGAGCUCUCCUCCCUCGUCCCCCAGCUCUCAUCCAUCAGCACCGAACUCACCGCGCGCCGCGACGAGUCGGGCCAGAUCUAUGCGCUUUAUGCGCACGAGCGCGAUGAUCUCCGGGAUAGAGUGACGGCUCUGAUGGAGGAGGUCAAUGUUUUAAAAACCGACCUUUCAGAAUCCACCUCCGAGCGCGAAGCCCUCCAAGGCACAAUCAGCGGGCUCGCAACCUGGAUCCAGGCAUCAGUGCAAUCCACCACCAGCAGCAGCAGACCCUCCACCCGGCGCACCAAUAACACUAAUACUAACAACCGGAUUGUUUUACCUACUACUAAUACUAAUAACCAGCACGGACGGUGGCGGUCAUUCUAUGCCAGGCAGAGUCCUGGGGCGUUUGCGAAUAGGGGUAUUAAUAUUAAUACUAAUACUAAUUAUGGGGGUGGAAGUCAGGAGGAGGAGGAGGAUGAUGAUGAGGAGAAUGCGCUUUUGGAAGGGAUCAGUGCAUGGAUGCGUGGGUGGAAGGAUGUUGAGGAGGGGUUUGUUGCGAGGGAGAGGGAGAGGAGGGUUAGGAGGGGGGAGGUUGUUGGGUGA